GUGAGCAGUUCAAGAGCUAGUCGCGAGAACAUUGAGGUAUAAUAAGAAGCCACGUCAUGAAAACUUGACUGAGGAACACAACGUUCGUGAAUAAUUGUUGUCAUCGAAAGGGAGUUAUAACACAAGGGAUAUCGCCAGUCGCCACAGGACUUCGGGUCUGUUAAUUUGCCUUUAGGCAAUUAUUUAACUGUGGUCGUUUUGCCAAGAUCGUAUGGAAAGAUGUCAGAUAUCGGGGACUGGUUCAAAAGCAUCCCGUUCAUCACCCGGUACUGGUUUGCUGGUUCGAUUGCGGUUCCCUUGAUAGGUAAACUGGGACUAAUCAGUCCCAUGUACCUCGUCUUAUGGCCAGAGAACUUCUUUCACAAAUUUCAGGUAUGGAGACCAAUCACCUCCACCCUCUACUUCCCCGUGGGCCCUGGAACAGGCUUCCUCUACCUAGUCAAUCUGUAUUUCCUCUACCAGUACUCUACCAGGCUGGAGACAGGGGCGUUUGAUGGGCGGCCGGCUGACUUUGUGUUCAUGCUGCUAUUCAACUGGAUCUGCAUCGUUAUAACUGGGUUAAUGAUGGAUAUGCAGCUCCUGAUGAUCCCGUUGAUAAUGUCUGUCCUGUACGUGUGGGCUCAGCUGAACAGAGAAACGAUAGUCUCCUUCUGGUUCGGAACACGCUUCAAAGCAUGUUAUCUACCCUGGGUCAUCCUUGGAUUCAACUACAUCAUUGGGGGCUCUGUUGUCAAUGAACUGAUUGGGAACCUGGUGGGUCACCUCUACUUCUUCCUGAUGUUUAAAUACCCCAUGGACCUGGGAGGCAGGUCCUUCCUCUCAACACCUGACUUCCUGUACCGCUUCCUGCCCAACAGACGAGGGGGCGUGUCUGGGUUUGGAGCUCCGCCCAGCAGGAGACCUGCAGCUCCAGAGGCCGGAGGUGGUGGUGGUGGUGGUGGUGGUGGAGGAGGUAUGGGAGGACGUCAUGCCUGGGGAGCUGGCUUCCGUCUAGGGGACGACUGAGGAGACUGUCCCUCGUCCCACCGAGUAGUAGGACAAAGACUAUUGUCUCCUCAAUACUCUCUACUCCUCAAGACUACUGUUGAUGUCCAAAUUAUGCAGAAGAAAGCAGAUUUAUUUUGGUAUCUAACUCCCCUUCCUUUGGACUGUUCAGAAAAGAGAGGUCGCAGCUGUGGAUAUGAUCAGCAUGUUGUUCUUUCAUUCUGUGCUCUCUCUCACACAAGAUGCCAUAUCCGAUUACACUGUAAUUACAGGGUUCCUCCUAACCAGUGUGUUGCCUCAGCCAGCCUUUUCAGAGCGUGGGGUUUGGCUAUUUAGAAAAGCAUUGUUCUGAAGAGAGAACAGCCGAGCACUAAGGACUAAAUUCUCUUUGCCCGCCCCGUCUCUCUCUAGAUAGAACACGAGGCAACAGCAACUGUCACACUGGCUGUGUAGCUUGAGGCACAUAUGUAAUAACACAAAACGAUAUCUCUUGUUCAUUCUCCCCCCCGGUCUGCGCUGUUGUAUGAUUGCACCGCAACACUGAAUGUUUGUCUGUUUGAAUGGGGCAGUAGGGUCGAAGUUGUAAAAUAAAAAAAUAAAAAAAUCUUCAACGUAGUAUAAAAAUUCAAUAAUGAUGCAACAAUGUGGUUUGAGAUAGAUAGAAUGAAGCAAAAGCUUUUAUUUGAGAGAAAUGUCUACAGUGUGUGCUCACCCUGUCCCAGUAGAUUGCUUUGGUAAAGCUGGUUUGGAUCCAUAUAAAACUGCAGUGUCAUGGUUCUGUUUCCCCUUGAUUUAGCUCCGCAACAUGGCAAUUAAAUGAAACUGUAAGAUUUCAUGAAUACCCCCCAGUUGUAUGUAAUUAUAACUUACACUCAACUGUGAAAUGGCAUCAAUUGUUUUCAAGAUGAGUGAUUUGCUUGUUGCCAAUUUUGAUUUCCAUUCAGAAGAUGAAAUAAUCCAAUCUAAAAAGCAAAACAGUUGUAAUAAUCACACUUAUCUUGAGGAUGUAUAUAGUUAGUUAUUCACCAGGGUUGGGGUCAAUUCCAUUUAAAUUCAAGAAGUUAACUGAAAUUACAAUUAUUUUUUUCCCUUCAGAGAAGCGUUGAGGAAAUGUAAGUUUACUUCCUGAAUUUGCAAUGGAAUUGACCCCGACACACAUCUACAGUGACCCUUGACCUUAUACCAGAGGAUGUCUUUCAGUCGAGUAUCUUAUGAUUGUGUUUAUUUGACUGGGUCUGUCUGUUUCUCUAACUUGUUUUGUACAAUGGCAUUUUGUACUUGAGUAAACAGAACGGAAACAAAACUUUC